CGGCGCCGGUGGCGGUGGCGGCGGGGGGCGGCUGGACAAGGCCGUGGCCGCGCCGGGGCCAUGGCGGACGCGGAGCCACUGAUGCGGUGCUACGAGGGGUCGGCGCGGGGCCGCGGCGUGGAGACCGCCGGCUGGCGGCUGUGCCUGGCGCACCGCUUCCCGGAGCAGCGGCAGCCCUACGGAGCCGGCGACGUGCCGUUCCGCGACGUACUGCGGCACGUCGGCCUGAUGCUGCGGUACUUCAAGUGGUGGUACAAGAAAACCCGCAUUGAGAAGAAAUCUGCCUUCAUCGACCUCCUGUGUGCUGUCCCUCUGCAGCAGAUCUAUGGCUGCCCACUAGGUGGGAUUGGCGGCGGCACCAUCACUCGUGGCUGGCGGGGCGAGUUCUGCCGCUGGCAGCUGAACCCUGGGAAGUACCACUAUGAGACAGUCAUCACUGACCAGUUCACAGUGUGCCUGCGCCGCAAGGGACAGACUGUUUACCAGCAGGUCCUGUCUGUGGAGAAACCCAGUGCUCUGCAGGGCUGGAACUGGGGUUACUGUGGCCGCUAUGCCUUCUACCAUGCACUGUACCCCCGUGCUUGGAUGGUGUAUGAGCUGCCGGGGCAGAAUGUGGUGCUCACGUGCCGCCAAAUUUCCCCAGUCAUCCCCCAUGACUACAAGGACUCCAGCCUGCCGGUGGGUGUGUUCAUCUGGGAGGUGGAGAACAACAGUGAGGAGCCUGUGGAUGUCUCCAUCAUGUUCACCCUGCAGAAUGGCACGGGCACAAAGGGGGAUGGGAGCGGGGGGCACUGGAAUGAGCCCUUUGCCCUGCAGGAUGGUGGGGAGCGGGUGGCUGGUGUCCUGCUGCACCACUGUACACCCAUCAACCCCUUCACCUUCGCCGUGGCUGCCCGGGAGAAGGCUGGCACAGUCAUCACUCACCUUACUGCAUUUGACCCUGCGGGGUCAGGCAGGGACGUGUGGCAGGACCUCCUGCAGGAUGGCAAGCUGGAGUCCCCCACUGGUAAAAGCAAGCAGACGCAGAAGGGAGAAGUGACAGCAGCUGCAGUGUGUGCCAGCUGCAUGGUGCCUGCACAAGGCCAUGGGACACUGGAGCUGGCCCUGGUGUGGGACAUGCCCCGUGUUCACUUUGGCUCCAAGGAGAGACUGCACCUCAGGCGGUACACACGCUUCUUUGGCAGCAAUGGGGAUGCAGCUCCUGCACUGUCACACUAUGCCCUGACACACUACAAGGAGUGGGAGAGGAAGAUUGAAGCAUGGCAGAAGCCCAUCCUGGAGGACAGUCAGCUGCCCUCCUGGUACAAGUCAGCCCUGUUCAAUGAGCUGUACUUCAUGACGGAUGGGGGCACAAUCUGGCUGGACAUACCCCCUGACUGCCUCCCCCAGGACCUGCAGGGACCAGGGGCUGCUAAGCUGUCCCACCUCCUCCCUGUCCUCCAGGAGUAUGGGAGGUUUGCUUAUCUGGAAGGGCAGGAGUACCGUAUGUACAACACCUAUGAUGUCCACUUCUAUGCAUCCUUUGCCCUUGUAAUGCUGUGGCCCAAGUUGCAGAUCAGCCUGCAGUAUGACAUUGCUGUCACAGUGCUGAACGAGGACAUGCAGCCACGGCAGUACCUGGUGUGUGGCAAAACAGCGCAGGUGAAGAUGAAGAAUGUGGUGCCCCAUGACAUUGGGGAUCCAGAUGAUGAGCCCUGGCAGCGAGUCAAUGCCUAUCUGAUGCACGACACUGCCAACUGGAAGGACCUGAACCUGAAGUUUGUGCUGCAGGUGUAUCGUGACUACUACCUGACGCACGAUGCACUGUACCUGCAGGACAUGUGGCCGGUCUGCCAGGCUGUGAUGGAGUCGGAGCUGAAGUUUGAUACUGACAACGAUGGGCUUAUUGAGAACGGGGGCACUGCUGACCAGACGUAUGAUGCAUGGGUGGUGAACGGGGCCAGUGCAUACUGCGGUGGGCUGUGGCUGGCAGCUGUCCGGAUGAUGUGUGAGAUGGCAGAGGUGCUGGGUGACACCGAGACCCGGCAGAAGUAUGGUGCCAUCCUGCAGAAGGGCAAGGAAUCAUUUGAAAGGCUGCUGUGGAAUGGAAAAUACUACAACUAUGACAGCAGUGGGAGCAGCACCUCCAGCAGCAUCAUGUCAGACCAGUGUGCGGGGCAGUGGUUCCUGGGGGCUUGUGGCCUGGACCAAAAGGAGCUGGAGGUCUUCCCCAAGAGCCACAUUGUCAGUGCACUGAGGACCAUUUUUGAGAAGAAUGUGAUGAGCUUUGCGGGUGGCACCAUGGGUGCUGUGAAUGGCAUGCGACCUGAUGGUGUGCCUGACACCUCCAGUGUGCAGUCCAGUGAGGUGUGGGUUGGUGUUGUCUACGCUCUGGCUGCCACCAUGAUCCAGGAGGGACUGGUGCAGGAGGGCUUCCACACAGCAGAGGGCUGCUACCGAACGGUGUGGGAGAACCUGGGCAUGGCUUUCCAGACCCCUGAAGCCUAUUGUGAGAAAAAAGUCUACCGCUCGCUGGCAUACAUGCGGCCCCUCAGCAUCUGGAGCAUGCAGCUGGCCCUGGAGAGCAAAGCCCACCGGGCCCUCAGCCCUACACCACCCCAAAAGAAUCCUCUGCACCCCUGAGAUUGGUGGCACAGAGCAGAGUUGCAGGGAUCUCAUCCUGUGCCUCCCUCUCUUGAGAAUGCUCAAAUUGCUGUUUUCUUUCAUACCUCCUUGGCCCCCACAUUUCUGCCCCUUGCUCUGGGGGAUCCCCAGCCCCUGUGCUGCACAGGAGACCAGAGGCACGUGUUAUGUCCUGUCAUCAUUGUAGUGAGAGGAGGGGACAGGAUGGGGAUAUGUGACUGUCCCCUCCCUGGUUCUCAGGGCUCCUGCAGGACCCCCAUGCCCCAACACCUGUCCUGGGGUAUGUGGCCUGCAGAAUGUGACGGACAGGACACAGCCAACACUGACACGUGGAUGCUGUAGUGUGUAGCCUCCUGGGCUGACUCUGCAGCUGGGGGGCCCAGCUGGGACAAUCACUGGGGCAUGGUGACAAUCCCAGCCCCAACAGUGCCCAGCCUGGUCUGGCACCGUGCUGCAAGCUGGGGUGGGCAGGGGAGCGGGUUUUAGAAAAUUAAUUGUUUUAAGUUCUUAAUAAACUAUUGUUCAGCUGUC